UAUUUUUUUAAUGUAUCUGAUGCAAAGUUGCAGAUUUGAAAGAGAUGGUUUAAUUUACCUUGUCAACUACAACAUUUUCUGCUACAUUGCUUAGGCGACUCAUUAAAAGAGAGAGAGCAUAUUAAUACCCUUAUCUUUAGCUUAAUAUGUUGAUUCAUAUGAUUAUGAUAUUUGCUUCAAAGUAAUUAAGAGUUUUUGUGAUUUCUACUACUUCACCAGGAUGUAUCUUUCAAAGGUUUGCAUCUUAUGGUUCUGCUGUUGUUUCAUACCGGCUGCUGCGCAACUUAUCAAUGUUACUGACCCUACUGAAGUGCUAGCAUUGAGGAGCAUACAUGAAAGUUUGAUUGAUCCAAAUGGGCAUUUGAGCAAUUGGAAUGAUGAUGAUCCAUGCCUAUCUAACUGGAUAGGAGUUGUGUGCUCUAAUGAAACAAUAGAAGAAAACUUUCUGCAUGUUGUAGAAUUGGAACUACUGAGAUUGAACUUGUCUGGAACUUUGGCACCAGAAAUUGGCAACUUGGCUUAUUUGAAAAUAUUGAAUUUCAUGUGGAACAACAUAAGUGGGACAAUUCCAGUUGAAAUUGGCAAUAUCACAUCUUUGGAACUUUUGUUCUUAAGUGGAAAUGAAUUAACAGGACCAGUGCCGGAACAACUUGGGUUUCUUCCAAAACUACGUAUUAUGCAAAUUGAUGAAAACAAAUUAUCAGGACCUAUACCUUUAUCAUUUGCAAAUCUGAACAAUACAAAACACUUUCACAUGAACAAUAACUCACUUAGUGGACAAAUUCCACCAGAACUUUCCAAAUUAUCAAGCCUUAUUCACCUGCUUUUGGACAACAAUAAUUUAUCAGGAAUUCUUCCUCCUGAGCUAUCCGAUACACCAAACUUGAGUAUACUCCAGCUUGACAACAAUAACUUUGGAGGAAAUAGCAUUCCAGAUUCUUACGUCAACAUGUCAAAAUUGGUCAAAUUGAGCCUUAGGAAUUGCAACUUGCGAGGACCAAUUCCUGAUUUAAGCUUGAUACCACACCUUCUUUAUAUUGACCUUAGCUCCAAUCAGUUGAAUGGAUCAAUUCCUCCUAAUAAGCUUGCUGAAAAUAUCACAACUGUUAUUUUAUCAAACAACAAUCUUACUGGAACUAUUCCAUCCUAUUUUUCUAAUCUUCCACGACUCCAGAAAUUGUCGCUUGCAAACAAUUUAUUGAGUGGAAGUGUUCCUUCCAGCAUUUGGCAGAACAAAAUUUCAAAUGCUGGUCUAAAAUUGCUACUAGAGUUGCAAAAUAAUCGACUUAUAAACAUAUCAGGCAGUACUAAUCUUCCUCCAAAUGUCACACUCUUGCUUGAUGGUAAUCCCCUAUGCUCAGAUAACACAUUGAGUCAGUUCUGUAAACUUGAAGGAGCUGGUAGUGAAACAAAUGGCACAUCUCCAAAAAACUCCAGCAACCCUUGUCCAAAUCAAAGAUGUCCACCUCCUUAUGAAUUCUAUGUGAACUGUUUCUGUGUUGCUCCAUUGAUUAUUGGUUAUCGACUGAGAAGUCCUGGUUUUUCAGAUUUUCCUCCAUAUUUCACUGCAUUUGAGGAAUAUUUGACUUCUAAUCUUAAGCUACAUGCCAAUCAACUAAGCUAUACUUUUGAGUGGCAAGUAGGACCACGGGUGCUAAUGAUCUUGAAGCUUUAUCCUGAAUAUGUUGAUAACAAUAGCUCUCGCACUUUCAAUUCAAGUGAGAUCCAACGGAUCAGAAACAUGUUCACUGGAUGGGUCAUUCCUAACCGUGAUUUGUUCGGGCCUUAUGACCUGAUGGAUCUGGUUCCUUAUAAUAACGGGACCGAGACCUCUUCCAAUUCAGGCAUAAGCACGGGUGCUUUGGUUGGCAUAAUCUUAGGCUCAAUUGCGUGUGUAAUUUCGUUGUCUGCAAUUUUUAUUCUUUUACUAUUAAGAAUACGAUUAAGACGUCAUGAUGGAGUCUCCAAACCACGUCAUUCAUCUAAAAUCGCAAUACAAAUUGAUGGUACAAGAGCCUUUACUUAUGAGGAGUUGUCUGCUGCUACAAACAAUUUUGACAGCCAUGCUCAAAUUGGACAAGGAGGUUAUGGGAAGGUUUAUAAAGGUAUUCUUUCUAAUGGCACUGUGGUUGCCAUAAAACGUGCACAGCAAGGAUCACUGCAAGGUGAGAAGGAAUUUCUCACAGAAAUAAGAAUACUAUCAAGGAUACAUCAUCGCAACCUCGUGUCUCUGAUUGGAUAUUGUGAUGAAGAAGGGGAACAGAUGCUGGUUUAUGAAUUUAUGUCCAAUGGCACUCUAAGGGACCACCUUUCUGUUACAUCAGAAAAACCUUUGACUUUUGCUAUGAGAUUGAAGAUAGCACUCGAGUCAGCUAAAGGUCUCAUGUAUCUACACACAGAAGCUGAUCCUCCAAUAUUUCACCGAGAUGUUAAAUCAAGCAACAUAUUAUUAGACUCUAAGUUUACUGCAAAAGUUGCAGACUUUGGACUUUCACGUCUUGCCCCAGUUUCAGAUGUUCAAGGCGUUGUACCUGGUCAUGUAUCCACAGUGGUAAAGGGCACGCCGGGUUACCUUGAUCCAGAGUACUUCUUAACUCAUACAUUGACCGACAAGAGUGAUGUUUACAGUCUUGGUGUUGUGUUUCUAGAACUUUUGACUGGGAUGCAUCCCAUCGCACAUGGGAAAAAUAUUGUCAGAGAGGUUAGUCUUGCUUUUGAAUCGGGUGAGAUAUCUUCAGUUAUUGAUAAACACAUGGGGUCUUAUCCAUCUGAGCAUGCAGAAAAGUUUUUAAAAUUGGCUCUGAAGUGUUCUGAAGAUGAGCCCGAGCCACGUCCUAAAAUGGCCCAAGUGGUUAGAAUACUUGAAAACAUGUGUUCUGUGAUGACAGAUUCAGAUACAACGAGAGAUACAUCUACAAGCAGUGAUUCUCGCAAAACAGUCAGCUUUCUAGGCACACCUUCUUCAUCCUCAACCAUAAAUACUCCCUUUGUAUUAAGAACUGUAUAAUGUACCUUUUUAGUAGAGUAAUACCAAAAACCAAGCCAGUAUAGAAGAACUACAGAAGUUAAAAAAUAGUAGCUUUAGCAAUAAUGGUUGAUUUAGUGUGUGGUUUGUUAUUAGUUAUUAGUCUAUGAAUUAAAUGAUGAGAUCAUAGGUUAUUACAUUAGUUUCUGUGAGAUAUUUUCAUGUUUAUAAUGGUUGAAUAAAUAUAACUUUGUACAUUUGAUACAAGAUUGCAAAUGACUCUGUGCUUGGGUUUUGUUGGUGUAGACUUGUGUAAGGGUGUAAGUGUUUCCCAUGAAGAAAAAACCUUUUAUAUGAUAAAUACAAAUUAAAUCAAUUGUAAACACUAUAAUUCAAUCACAUGGAACUUAUUGUUAGAUGCUACUUUUCGCCGGUCAUGUUUUUUUGGAACUGCACUGCUGAACUACAGAAAUUGUUCAAAAUGCAGUUUUAAACAACAUAAUUUUUAGUUUUUCAGUUGUGGACAUUAGAAUAUGUCUUCAUGGGUUACUCACACACUCCGACGAAAUUUCAAAAAUAGCCCUUCAUUUCAUAUUUUAAAAUUUGGAUGCACUUAAAACAUAAACUUUUAGAUAUUGUAAUUUGGACGAACCUAACAGAUCACAUCUAAAUAAGAAUCAUGACUACACAAUUUAAAAAUAAUAUGGAUUCUAAAGUCCGGGUUUAAUCCGGAGAUAGAAAUUCGAACACUUUCUGUUUAAGUCUAUGAAGCACGGACACCCCUAAAACGACCCCGACACUGACACGGCGACACUGUUAAUAAUUUGAAAAAAUAAAUAAAUUAAAUGUAAUUACAAGUGUCGGUGCAGGUGUCUGUCAUCGACACGGACAUGUACACGCCUGAUUUCAGAGGUGUUCGUGCUUCAUAGGUUUAAGUAAACUCGCGUCUUU